AUGGAGCGACACAAGGGCUUCUUCUCGGCUCUCAAGGAGGAGGUGGUCCGCGGGCUGUCGCCGGCCCGCUCCAUGAGAGGCCGGAGCCACUCUCCGUCUGGUUCGGGCCUGCACCGCCGGAGGAGAGGCGUCCCGCCGGAAAUAUUUAUGUCGAGAUCGGGGAGCUGGAGGCCAGGGGUCGAGACCCUGUCGCCCCUGAGGGAGGGCCCGGAUCCGGACGGGUCGGACUCGGAGGACCCUCGGAGCGACGGCUGGGCUCACUGGCUCUGCCGGGCUCCUGCCGUCUCCGCCGCCGAGCCGGGCUAUGCGAGGUCCGAUCUCAGGCUGCUCCUGGGCGUGCUCGGUGCGCCGCUCGCCCCGGUGCACGUUAGCAACAGCGACCCUUUGCCUCACCUGUCUAUCAAGGACACCCCCAUUGAAACAUCCUCAGCACAGUACAUUCUACAGCAGUACUUGGCAGCUUCAGGUGGGCACAAGCUCCAGAACUCGAUCCAGAACUCAUACGCAAUGGGGAAGGUGAAAAUGGUGGCUUCUGAUAUCGAGACAGCCACAAAGGUGAUCAAGAACCGGAACUCGUCCAAAUCGGCCGAGUUGGGUGGGUUCGUUCUGUGGCAGAUGAAUCCCGACAAGUGGUAUGUCGAGCUGGCUCUUUCCGGUAGCAAGGUCCGUGCCGGAUGCAAUGGCCAGCUCGUCUGGCGCCACACGCCUUGGCUCGGUGCCCACGCCGCCAAGGGGCCCGUUCGGCCCUUGCGCCGUGCUCUUCAGGGCCUGGACCCGAAAACAACGGCAAACAUGUUUGUGAACGCCCGGUGCACGGGUGAGAAGAAGCUGGACGGUGAGGACUGUUUUGUCCUGAAAAUAUGUGCUGACCCGCAUACACUCAAGGCCCGGAGCGAGGGCCCGGCGGAGAUCAUCCGACAUGUCCUCUUUGGGUACUUCAGCCAGAGGACGGGCCUUCUUGUUCACCUGGAGGACUCUCACCUGACGCGGAUUCAGGCCCACGGUGGUGGGGAUGCUGUUUACUGGGAGACCACCAUAAACUCGUACCUCGAUGAUUACCGGGCUGUGGAUGGGGUUGUGAUAGCCCAUUCGGGCCGGUCGGUGGUGACCCUUUUCCGGUUCGGGGAGACUGCCUUGAGCCAUACCAAGACACGAAUGGAGGAAUCGUGGACCAUUGAGGAGGUUGCUUUUAAUGUUCCGGGCCUUAGUCCCGACUGCUUCAUUCCGCCAUCCGAGCUCAGGUUGGGGGAAGCGUGUGGGCUCCCGGGGGAUGGGAGGGUAAAAGGCGGCGGUGUGAUGGCGGCGGCGACACCUGCCGGUUACCGGUCGAAGCCACCGGCUGUCGAUGCCAGGGUAAAGAGGUAA